AUGCCUAAGAAAGACGUUAAACGUCGAGAAUUUCAUCUAGCUAUUGCUUUUCGGCGCGGUAUCUAUAGGCUUUCGUACCUUAAAAGGGCUAUUCUGAAGACUUUGAAUAAACGUUUCUCAACUUUCAAUGCUUCCAGCGGCGACCCGAACGACGAAAACAUGGCUGCAGUUAGAGGUAAUCCAGUACAACGAUUAAAAGUCAAUAUAUUUCUUAUAUUCAAGGCCCGAAAUCUCCAGAAGUUCUCAAGGCGGCCAAGGAAUUCGUCAACUAUUUGAACAAGGCUGUGACGCCUUUUCACGGUAAGAGAGAAAAGAGAUUGAUUUUUUGAAGUUUGAUAUUUCCAGCCGUUCAAGAAGUGAAGGAUCGUCUGCUUCAAGCUGGGUUCCAGGUGCAGAAUGAAAUAAAUAAUCGAAAGAUAAAGAAUUUUAGGAGCUUCCGGAAGCUGGAAAAUGGGAAAUCGUGCCGCAAAGCAAAUACUUUGUGACAAAGUUUGAAUUAAAAAUGAUUUUUCUGGUUCGAAGUGUUCUUUUUUCAAGGAACAGGUCAGCUAUUCUGGCCUUUGCCGUCGGUGGAGGUUAUAAGUCCGGCGAUGGGUUUUCUGUGGUCGUGGGCCACACCGACAGUCCUUGCCUCCGUGUCAAGCCGAUUUCCAAGCAGAAAAACGAAAAAUUCCUUCAAGUAUAUUAAAAUUCAACGAAUUUCGGGAGAAAAUCAAAUUCAGGUCGGAGUUUCCACAUAUGGAGGCGGAAUCUGGCGAACUUGGUUCGAUAGAGAUCUCUCCGUGGCUGGACAAGUCCUUUUGAAAAAGGUAAAAUUGAAAUUUUUACGAAAAAAAAAUAUAAUUCCGAUUUAAGGACGGCCAACUGGUCCACAAGCUUAUCGAUGUGAAAAAGCCGGUUCUGUUCAUUCCAAAUCUGGCCAUUCAUUUGGAAACUGAUAGGUUCAUUUUUUCUUCAAUUGUAAUCAGCUUUCAGAGUAUUCAUUUCAUAUACUCAGUUAAAAAAAUUCUAGCUUUUUCUAACCAAACUUCGCUUCAAGACCCUUUUUGCAAUUUUUGUAGAGCAAAAAAAGGCAAAGCCUGUGUUUACGGUAGCUUUUUUUCUCCUGUGCUUUCAAAAUGUGACCGUUUCUCUAUGAUCUCACUCAAGAUAUUUAAAAAAAUGAAAAACCCCUAUAGAUGUCACUUAAAUUUUCAAGUAAAAUGACGUCAUUCGAAAAAGCUCUGUGGGUGGCUCGCUCUCUGAUUGGUUUAUCGUGCCAUUAGGGGCGGAGCUUAGGCGAAGAAUUGAAAUUCAAAAAUCUGGAAAGACUUUACUUUGUUGGGCUAAAUUACCAGUUUCUCUUCCCAAAUUUCGUAUUAUUUAAAAAAAAACUUAUUUUUUGCAGAAAAACCUUCUCCCCAAAUGUGGAAGCCGAGGUUCGGCCAAUUUUGGAGACUUUUGCCGCCGCUGGAUUGAACGGAGAAUCCAAAUCGGCACAGAAAACCGAUGAUUUGAAGGUAAUAAUGGUUAUUGGGUGGAAAAAAUAGGAAAUGUUGAAAUUUUCUGAAGUACUAGUUCUAUUUGAUCAGUCGGAACAGUUGUACAAGCGUUCACUUUUCGGAGCUUUUUUUUUUGAAUUUCGGGAAAUUUCUCAGGUCGUUUUUCCUAUAGCAUUUCAUUUGGUUCUGGAUUGGCUUGAAAAGAGAAGAUUUAUGGGAGAAUUUUCCCAAAACAAAGGAUUAUCCCAUUUUUUCAUUUAGUCUGACCUAUCUGCGCUCUCUUUUCCCUCGCCGAUUGAGUCAGAAAUGUGAGAAGAGUACAUGCAAAGGGAAAAUCGUUGAGGAAAAAAAAAGUGAAUCAAAAAAAACCAGAUUUAGCAUCUUUAUGGAAAUGAGACCAUUGUGAAAUUUAGAAAAGAGGAAAAUAAAUUCUUUUGAAAAGUCCGAAAAACCUCAAAAAGAAGAAUUUAGAGCUCCUUUUUGAGUUCAAAAAAGUGUCAAAAGUUAUUAUGAAUAUCUUUUUUUUUCCUCCUAAAAAUGUAAAUUCUAGAAAAGAGGCCUACGAGGCCUUUUUUCCAAAAGCUCCGGUCCUUCUGAACUUUGCCCGUAGAGAGCGAUUUUUCAAGGAAAAUUGAACAUUUCUAGGAUCCCCGCAGUGUUGUAGACGACCACCACGAGCACUUCCUGAAACUGAUUUCCGACGCGGCCGGCUGUACCCCCGAAGAAAUCGUCGACUUGGACCUGUACCUCUACGACACGAAUCCCGCCGUUCGCCUUAAAACUGAAUUCCUCUUGAAAUCUGAAUUUUGAAGAACGUCGUUGGUCUGAACGAGGAGUUCAUCACGGGAGCUCGACUUGAUAACCAAGUCGGCACCUACACGGCCAUCUCCGCACUCCUGGAAUCCCUCCAGGACAACUCCUGGCAGAACGAGGGCCAAAUCCGCAUGGCUGCCUGCUUCGACAAUGAGGAGGUUUGUUGGAAGGCAAAAAUUAGGGGGUCAGACUUUAAAACUCCCAAAAAACUAAGAUUUUUAAGGCAAACUUGUAAAAAGAAAAUGCGUUUUUUUGAAUAUAGUUUUGGCGCCAAGAUUAUAUUGAUUUUCCCGUUUGAAUUAGAGUUUUAUGCUUAACUUCUGAAUUAAAAAAAAUUCGGCCCGAUUUUUCGCCCUGUUGGCCCUCUGACCAUUAUUCUGACUUUCGCAACAUUUCGAACGAAAAACCGUUUUUACCUAGCGCGAAAUAUCACUCUCAUGCUGGCCAGGUAUCUCAACGGGUGUACCCGUACUAAACCCGUCUUUUUCAAGGUUUCAGUUGGGCUUAAACGGGAGAAAAACGGGCGCAAGAAGAAAUAGGUGACCCGUUUUUUUUUUUUCAAAAAUCUGUGACCCAACUGUGGUUAAAAAAAAGUUCUAAAAGCUCAGCUUAUAUGGGAUUAAUACGGGCACGCCCGCUGAGAGCCCGCCUUGUCUACCAUGAUAGCUUCGAACGGAAUGAUGUUAAAGGUCGGCUCGGACACGGCGAUGGGAGCAGCGUCUUCCUUCGCUGAGUACGUCCUCCGAAGACUGGCCCUCAGUCCGCAGGGCGCCAGUCAGACGGCCUUCGAGGAGGCCAUCGGCAAGAGUAUGCUCAUCUCGGCGGAUCAGGCUCACGCCGCUCAUCCCAACUAUGGGUGCAAGCAUGAGGUUUGACCCAAUCUGAGAAGUUUCUGAGGAACUCGUAACUCUGAUCCUUCUCUAGGCAAUCCUAAACAUAUUUUUACAAGGGGGUAACUUGGGUUAAGUAGGUAGACAGGUAAAGUUCAAAAAUUGAUAUUCUUCAGAUUUUUCAUGGGAAAAAGCUUUCAUCGCGUUGCUUGUACAUUAAAACAUUCAGAGCAGCUGAUUUUCAAAAUUAGAAGUCCCAAAAAUAAGCUCUUCCUGUCCAAUUUUCGACAGUUUUUUUUAGAAAAAUGUAUAGGAAGACCAUUUUUAAAGGCCGCCAACCUCCCUUCUAGCUCGUUGAGUUUGAUAAUUAAUUUUACUUUUUUCAAUACUUUUCCGUGUAGUUUGCACUUUUCUAUAUCAUAAGGCCAUGCUUUCGACUUGAUCAACUACACUUUUGGCCUUCUAGUUCUCUAUUGGUCGACAUGAAUUCAAAAGUUCUUGUUUUUAGUCGAUUAGAUCUAUGACCAAAACAAUAAAAAUAAUCAUUUAUUGACUACUCCGAAGUUUCACACCUUCUUUUCAAGUAAUUCAACAUCUCCUCCUGAAAGAUAUGAGUUGCGUACUUGAUCACGUAUGCUCAUCUCAAAAACGUUUCUGGCCAGAAGACGUGGCUUCUGCAAUCUGAUGUGAUCCCAGGAGAACCACCGACCGGCGUUCCACGGCGGCGUCGUCGUCAAGAUCAACGUCAACCAGCGUUACGCCACGACGGCUACUACUCACGCCGUCCUCAAGCAGGUCGCCUUCGAAGCCGGCGUUCCUCUCCAGGUUCAUCCGAGACGAACUUUGAAAAAAACAGAAAAUGUUUAGAAAAUGAUCGUGAAGAACGAUUCGCCGUGCGGAUCUACUGUUGGUCCGAUUUUGGCGACGAAAUUGGGCCUCCAGACGGUUGACGUCGGUUGUCCGCAGCUUGCCAUGCAUUCUAUCAGGUUAGAAAAAUAGAUCUCCAUAUAAAUAAAUUUGAGGAAAAUAUCGUUGGAAAAAUAAGGAAAAAAAGAGAACUUAGCUUUGAAUUUUCAAAGAAAAACCCUCAUAAAUGAGCCCAAGAAUUGUUUCGAAAUAGAAAAAAAUCGAAUCGAAUCGAAUGGAGAAAAAAAUCUUAAUUUUUUUAAAUUCUAGUCAAAAUGAGCAAAUAACUUUAUGAAUAUUAUGAUAAAAAAAGAAAUGGAUUUGAGAGAAACGAUCGAACGAGAAAAAACAGUCGCUCCCAAAAAAACCAGCAGGAAAAAAAUCCCUGAAAAUAAAAUUUCAACCAAAAAUUAAUUUUCCUGACAAAACUUUGAAAUUUGCCCUGUCCCGUUGAUAACAGUUGAGCUCUAAUGAAAAAAAUUAUCUCAAUUUUUUAUUUUGGAAAUUUCACAACGCGAUCUGACUGUUUUGCUUUUCUGUAACCAAAAAUCUAAAAACUUUUGACUUAUUUCAAUUAUCAUCUUUGCACAUUCUCAUUGAAAGACAUCGUUUUUUUCCAAUAACUCUGGCUUUUCAGAGAAUUCGCAGACACUUCCAGCAUCCACCAGGCCAUUGAACUUUACAAGGUAGACAUUUUUUUCAAGACAAAAUGAAUAUUUUUAAAUUUCAGAAAUUCUUCUCGCGCCUGCCCCAAGUCCUCUCCAACGUUGUCUAA